AUGGUCGCCGGCUUGUCCUCCGCCAUGGACAGCUGCAUGAGCCCGGAGAAGAAGAAGGCCGUGAACAACAGCACGCAGGCCUUCAUGACCACCAUCUUCUGUUGCUGCUCCGCUUCUCACAGAGUGUUGGAGAUGGAAGAUGAGAGGAAGAGAACCAGGCUGCGCAAAUCCUUGCAGCUCUACCUGUGCAGGACGCUCAAGAAGAUCCCUCCGAUGCACAUCCCCAGCUCAACCAUUCCGGCGAACAUCACCGGUGCGCGCCUCCUCUCCACCUGCAGGUUCCCGAGAACCGCGUCGGUGGACAUGGACGGCGAUCGCGCCGCCGUCACGGCUGCCUGCGCGGACGAGAACAGCAAGGACCAGGCGGCGACGCUCUCCGACGUCGACCGCUUCCUCUUCGACAACUUCCGGUCCCUCUACAUCCAUGACGACGACGACAACAACCAUCUAUGCUUCCGAUCGUCGCCAGGCACAUCCACAUCGCUCGUCGACGAGACACAACCGACAGCGAAGACGUCAUCUUCCUCAGAGUCAGUCGCAGAAGACAUCAAGGAAGCCAGGCCAGCUGAGGAGAGCGGCGACAACACGGCCAUAGUGGUGUUCUCCAUGGACCCGUACGCAGACUUCCGGAGAUCCAUGCAGAACAUGAUAAAGAUGCACCAUGGCCGCAUAUCUCAGCCAUUGGACUGGGACUUCCUUGAGGAGCUACUCUUUUACUACCUGCAGCUCAAUGAUCAAGCUGUGCACAAGCAUAUUCUCAAGGCCUUUGCUGACCUGACUGCCGGAGCUCAUCAAAAGGGCAGUUCAGCACCCAGAAAAGCCCAGUGGGCUCACAAGAGCGUUAGAAGUAGGAAACAUUAGGAUGGUAACUGUUACUUCAGAAAUAGUACAAGGAUACAUUCAGGGCAUUUGUGCUUGCUAUUCAAGGAUACAGAUAUGAAACAGCAAGCAACAUGCUGCAUUUCACUCUUCA